AGUCCUCAUCACCUUACACUGUUCCGAACAUCCUGAGGGUCCCACUCCUCGUCUGGCGCGGGCGGAAGGAAAAACAGCCCGUCCUAUCUGCAAGCCGGGGUGGCGCCCGGCCUGCCUUCGCCUCCAGGAGGCGGGCACAGCAGCUGGGAGGCGGUCUGCCGCCCGCCAAUGGCCAGGGGACGAGCCGAGGGGCGAGAGUGGUCCUGUACUCCGCACAACGUCACGGCGCAGGCCCCGCCCCGUCGCCGAUAGCCGCUGGCACGGAGAAGGUAAAACAGCCCCCCAGCGCACGUUGAGCCGGCUUUCUUGCAUCUCAGGCAAUUCUGACUCUUCUCGCCCCACCCCACUCGCCACGUUGGCCCUCCUGAGAUCAGUGAUCUGCUCAGUGCUGUAAAGAAGAAACUGCUGCGAGCCAGAGCAGAAAAAUUACCUUCUUCCUUCUCUAGCCGGUUCCCUGACACCCAGGCCAUUAACUACUCAGUUUGCUGAGCUCACUGAAAUGGCACAGACAAGGUCUCCAUAAUGCUGCUGCUGAGCAGAGCUGUGGCCCCAGGGCUCCGACAGGCCUGCAGACUCAAGUCAACCCCGGCAAGGCUCUGCAUUCGGGCCUGCUGUACAAAUGAUUCAUUUCAGCCCCAGCGCCCCAGCUUCACCUUCUCUGGUGGUAACUCCAGCACCAGGAGAUGGAGAGUCGUGGGGACGCUGCUAGGCCUCGGGGCAGUGUUGGCCUGUCAUGACCAGCAGUGCAGGGCUUCUCAAGAGUCACCACGCAGAUAUACGAGGGAGGAAGUGAAAUCCCACAGCAGCCUUGAGACUGGGGUCUGGGUGACUUUAGGCUGUGAGGUCUUUGAUAUCACAGAAUUUGUGGACAUACAUCCAGGGGGGGCGUCAAAGCUGAUGCUAGCAGCCGGGGGUCCUUUAGAGCCCUUCUGGGCCCACUAUGCUGUUCACAACCAGCCCCAUGUGCAAGAGAUGCUAGCUGAGUACAAGAUUGGGGAGCUGAGCCCUGAUGACAAGGCACCCUCCGUCCUGAAGACCUCUGAUCCUUAUGCGGACGAUCCCACACGUCACUCAGCUCUGAAGGUCAACACCCAGCACCCCUUUAAUGCGGAGCCGCCCCCUGAGCUGCUGACAGAAAACUACAUCACACCCAACCCUAUCUUCUUCACCCGGAAUCAUUUGCCUGUACCUAACGUGGACCCAGACACCUAUCGCCUGAAUGUAGCAGGGCCACCAGGGGGUCAGUCGCUGUGCCUGUCCCUGGAUGACUUGUACCAGUUCCCUAAGCACGAGGUCACCGUCACUCUGCAGUGUGCUGGCAACCGGCGCUCCGAGAUGACUCAGUUCAAAGAAGUAAGAGGUCUGGAGUGGAGUUUAGGGGCCAUUAGCACUGCGCGCUGGGCUGGGGCACGGCUUUGUGAUGUGUUAGCCCAGGCUGGUCACCAGCUCUGUGAAACUGAGGCCCAUGUCUGCUUUGAGGGCCUGGAUUCAGACCCCACAGGGACUCCCUAUGGAGCAUCCAUUCCUCUGGCUCGGGCCAUGGACCCUGAAGCUGAGGUCCUGCUGGCAUAUGAGAUGAAUGGGCAGCCUCUGCCUCGUGACCACGGCUUUCCUGUGCGAGUGGUGGUUCCCGGUGUGGUGGGUGCCCGCCAUGUCAAAUGGCUGGGCAGAGUGAGCGUGGAGCCAGAAGAGAGUUUCAGCCACUGGCAGCGGCGGGAUUACAAAGGCUUUUCUCCGUCUGUGGACUGGGACACUGUAGACUUUGACUCAGCUCCAUCAAUCCAAGAACUUCCAGUCCAGUCAGCCAUCACACAGCCCAAAGAAGGGGAGACGAUAGAGGCAGGGGAGGUGACUGUCAGAGGCUACGCAUGGAGUGGAGGAGGAAGAGCUGUGGUCAGGGUGGAUGUGUCUCUGGAUGGGGGCCUAACCUGGCAAGUGGCUGAGCUGGAAGGAGAGGAGCAGCGUGCCCGAAAGGCCUGGGCCUGGCGGCUAUGGCACCUGCAAGCCCCUCUGCCAGCUGGGAAAAAGGAACUGAACAUUGUUUGUAAGGCUGUAGAUGACAGCUACAAUGUGCAGCCAGACACGGUGGCCCCAAUCUGGAACCUACGAGGGGUGCUCAACAACGCCUGGCACCGCGUCCAUGUCCAUGUCGCCCCAUGAGAAGGUGAAACAGAGCCACAUUCUGAGCCCCUUUCCAUACCCGUUCUUUGGCCUCAUUACCGCAAAAAAUCUUUUCCCUGCACCUCCUUUCCAUGUCUUGGAUCACAGCCCUGACUAUGCAUUCCGAAGCCACACACACAUACAUUCCUCACACAUAUCCACCCAAGCUCUCACCCCUCCUUGGAUGCUGUUAGAGUCACAGGCCACUGACCCUGUGCCAGAGGGUAAGAGCUAUUGGAGCAAAGGGCUGGGAGCAGGAAAAGUAAUUCUGGAAAUAAGCACUAUUUUCUCUAUCUACCCUAUCUCCAUUUCUCAUGACUGUCACCACUGAAUCCUUAUUUUGCCUUUGCCCUUGGGAUUCUUCAAAGUAUGUGUGUAUACGUAACUUUUCACCACCUCUAGGUUGCCGAGGGCUGUGAAGAGCGCAACACAACCCUCUCCCUUUAUAGUUCCACUUUUCUAAAUACAUCAAUAAAAUAUCUGUUUAAGACUA